CCGAGUCCACCUCAACCCAAUUUCGGAAUCGGAGAAAAACUAUGAGCAGCACGACAUCGUCGGAACGGGCAACCAGGUCAACGCACUCGGUACAGGAACGUCUGUAUCUCUCUCAAGAAGAAGCACAUCGUCUUGAAAAUCUAGCCGACCAAGUAGUGGUCGACACCACCGAGUACUACGACAGAUUCCGGUUUAAUGAAAAGCGGGUCGUGGACCCGAACGCUUGGAAAGAUGUCGGCCACCGCGACAACCUCAUCGUCUACCGUGAACGAUCGGGUCCCCGUCCAACGUACCCGUCAAUUCGGGCAAUGGACGGCAGUUUACAGCUCGUUCCAUGCAAAUCUGCACCGUCCGUUAAGAUCGUCGGGAUGCUGCAGGGAACGCUGGAUGACGAAAUGUACGGCUGCUUCGUCGACAGUAACGACGCCGUCAAGAUGCGAACGGCGGUCGUAGAUGACGCCAUGGAGAACUUCCAUUGGUUGGCUACAAUAGCCGAACCGAGUCUGGAAGAUCCGUUCCGAUUCUGCGGUGUGGCGCGUUGUACGUUGGGGAUGUCGUUCCCUUUGGCCAAAACUCGUGGUGCUUGUCUGGUCAUUUCCAUGGGGAUGACGACGAACCAGCACGGAGAGCGUAUGGGAUACUACGUCUUGCACUCGGUGGACCUAGCUGAACCGACGAACAAAAACAGCUACAUCCGAGCCAAGUGCUCCUUGUGCUGGCUGAAGACUGAACUCCCGAACGGUAAGGUCGAACUGUACAUGAAAGGGUUCGCUGCACCGAUGGGGAUUGUCCCCGAGUUUGCAGCCUUCCCGGUAUUGGUGAGCUGCGUGCUGGGUGCAGGGAUGACCAGUGACGCAGCGUACUCGAAGAAAUUGGCUUGGAUGAUUCAUGACGCCGGCCAAUCUGGACACCACUCACCGCUGCCACCGAUGAUCGAAUGUGUUGGACGAUGUAAAAGCGCAUUCGGGGGACCAAAGAGCAACACCAACUUUCGACGAUGUCUUGUGUGCCGUAAAGCGGUGUGUAAUUCGUGUCAAGUCGUGCGCAAGAUUCCGGUUGAUGUCACGGAUGGCGUUGUCAACUUCACUAAGUGCAGCGUCUGCAUCCUGUGUAUGCAUCGAGCCAAGGCCAUGAGCGCGGUGGCGUUUGCGCAGCGUGAUUUGCGUUCAAAAAGGUGGAAAAGCGUUGAUGCCGGACGGAUGUCGAUCACCAGCAGCACUGAGCGUGAAGUUAUGCUCACACCAAGCACCGAACGACCGUUCUACGAGACGAAUUAAUAGUACCCGCCUCGCACAUCCUCGUUAUCUCCAAUAUGUUCGUAGCAAUUGCACCAAGCUUCAGUAUACGUCUCAGCUCAAUAAUCUGUGAAUUGUACUCCUCAACUGUACUAAUCCACGACAUAUACUAUGCACCCCGCAAGAUAUAAAUCUACAUAGGCUGCAGUAAUACGCCAAUCGAGUUAGCUGCAUGACUCUAAUAAUUUUUUUUAAGUGUGAAUGUGUG